UUGCAACGAGCCGGCGUUAUUUCCGGUCGGAGCCAAUGAGGUUGAAAAGCUGUCGGCUUGAUCCAUGUCGCUCACGUGUACCUGCUGGAAACAAUCAAAAGCCUCCAUAUUUUUUUCUACGCCUCACCACUUGCAAGGCGCCUCACUCAGCUGAAAUAGCCUUACGUUUGCACUAUACACCGUAAUCCUUCAGUCCAGAGUUUUCCUAGCGCAAGUUUGUCCUUGGGUCUCGCCUCCUGCAGGUUGAGGAGUACACAGCUUCGAUCUAGCUCGGUUUCCAAGUAGCUUGAUCCGAGAUGGAUCCUGACGGCAGUGAACUUCUUGCUCUGGAGAUGGCACUAUAUUUUUUUUUUUGAACGCAAAGAGAUGGCACUAUAUGAUGAAAGCGUGGAUCCAGCCCCCCUGUCGCUGCCACUUUUGAAGGCCAUCACAAAGAAUUUCUCUCAAGGUCAACAAAUCGGCACUGGAGGGUUUGGAGAAGUUUACAAGGGAGAGCUUCGAAAUGGGACGGUCGCCGUAAAGAAGCUUUACAGCGCAAUUGUCAUUGAUGAGAAGAAUUUCCAAAGUGAGGUUGAUUCUCUCUUAGGGGUCAAGCACAAGAACACAGUACGGUUUCUAGGAUACUGUUCCGAUACUCAACAAGUAAUGGACAAAUUCAACGGAGUAACUGUCUGGGCAGAACAACGGCAGAGAUUGCUCUGCUUUGAGUUCCUACCAAAAGGAAGCCUCGCCGACUAUAUUACAGAUCCAUCUGCUGGACUUCUGUGGGAAACACGAUAUAAGAUUAUUAAGGGCAUUUGCGAAGGUGUACAUUAUCUUCAUCAGCAGCAUAUCAUUCACAUGGAUCUAAAGCCCCAAAAUAUACUACUAGAUGGUAAUAUGAUGCCCAAAGUUGCGGACUUUGGUCAAUCAAGGCGCCUAAGUGAAGAUCAAAGCCGGACCAUCACACAACACAUAGUUGGAUCAUGGAGAUAUUGUGCACCGGAAUUCAUAGGAAGCGGAGUAAUAACAAAAAAAAAUGACAUAUAUGGUCUAGGUGUUAUUUUUCUAGAGGUGCUGACGGGGUGUAAAGGGACUGACAAAGUUGAGGAUGUACUUGAAAGUUGGAUGAACGUGCUUGAAACAACGCAAGGGCACCAUAUACCGCUCGAACAAGUAAAAUUAUGUGCUGAGAUAGGGAUACAAUGCAUGAACGAUGAUCCAAAGAAUAGGCCUACUACAUGGGAUGUCAUCCUCAUGCUCUUUGAUGAAGAAGAAAUUUCAAACUGGUCUGCCAGAGGUGUCGUAAGGAGUGCAUCUAUAACACAGGAAAUGCCUCUCAUUGCCAAGUUGGAGUAUGAGAUGAAGUUGAUGAAUUUGUAUGGACGGCCAUUCUUACCGAAGCGAGUUAGUGCACUCAAGAGAAUAGAAGAGGCAAGCACUAAGACAAUACACCUUGGGUUUACGGAUAGUAAGAUCCUGGAUAUCCACCCUCUCAAGCUCCAAUUUGGCUUCGAGGCCGGCAAGCGAACCAGUUGCCCGUUGAGCCUAACCAGCAAGGCAGAUCAGUAUGUUCUCUUUAGCAUUAUACCGGAGUUCAAGGAUAUGUACUCGUGUGAAGAGAAUGAACUUGUGCAUCCAAUGUCCACUUGUGACGUCAGCAUCACAUUGGUGGAGCAACAGCAGCGACCGCUAAAGAUGAUAUAUAUACUGAUGAUUACGUCUGAGAGCAAGUCUGCGCUCGACAAUUUCAUGACAUCCAUUAGCUGGGAUGAUAUGAUGGAAGAGGUGGAUUUACCGCAGCGAGUUGAGGAGCUGGGGUGCCAGAUGCAUGUGGCGAUGGUGACGGGUGCAGUCUGCCCACAAAGUUCAACGGCAAUAACCCCCAAGAUUAUAGUCACCGAGGAAUUUAAGUCAACCACUACGAUGGAUGUACAUCCAACGGAACCAUGGAUUUUGGUAGUUGAGAACUUAAGGCAAGUUUCCAUUUGGGACUACCAGACACAGUCACACAGAGAGUAGUGAUGUCGUUUGACUCCAAUGAGAAACAACGUUGGGUUAAGAAGAUAGUAGAUAACUAUGUCUGGGUUCAUGCGGCAAAGUUCAUCCCACGGAAGCAAUGGUUUGUAACUGGGGAAGACUUUGGGAAAAUCCGUGUGUACUCGUGUGUUACAAUGACAGAGAUAAAGAAAUUCCGAGCUUAUUAUUCUGCUCAUAUCCAUUCUUUGGCGGUUCACCCAACCUAUCCAUUGCUAAUAACGCUAGCAACGUGGGAUGAUUGUGAGGACCCCAUCAGGCUUUGGGACUGGGAUAAGGGCUGGAAAUGUUGUCAGAGAAUUAGCGGGGGCUCGGCAUGUGGACCUGACACUCAGUUAAGGUUUAACCCCAAGGACACAACAACAUGUGCUGGUGCUCAAGACGGAAUUUGCCAUGUCUGGUCAGUUCAUUCUUCCAAGCCUCUCAUCACAAUAAUGCCCCCGAACUGUUAUGGAGACGUGUGUGACUACCUCUACACUGAUAGUCACCGACAAUAUCUUAUUACCAUCACUGAGGACUGUGCUUUAAGGGUAUGGGAUUUGCAGACAGAGAAGUGUGUUCAUGAACUCUCUUUAUGUGGCAAGUCGAUUGGCCUUGUCGUUUGCCACCCGGAACUUCCCCUAUUAGUUGCAGCAGCCUCAGGAGAGGGGGAUGACAAGACCGUUUGCUUCUGGAACUCCGCUAACUACAGGCUUCUGAAGACUUUUCAAUGGACACAUGACAGUGAGAAUUUGGAUUUUGCAUUUGUAGGCUCAAGAAGGGUUAUCAUCGCACAUGAUGAAGGGAUAGAAGUCCUGGACAUGGACCUGGAAGCACUAUCGCGUCAGCAAUAGGGACAGCAAACCAAACGCCACCUAACUAUCUGCCUGCAGUGUAAUAGUACCAACUACGUACAGUUGAAAUGUCAAGUCAUUUUUGUUCUCCACAAAUC